AUGGCUUCAUUCCUGCGGCAGCUCGUCGCCGGCCCGCGCAAGGGGCACCCCGAGGCAGGCCUGGACCUGUGCUACGUCACCGACCACAUCAUCGCAACAUCCGGCCCGUCGCACACGUACCCCAAGCGCGCCUACCGCAACCCCCUCGACCAGCUCGUCGCCUUCCUCGACGCCCGGCACGGCGCCGACUGGGCCAUCUGGGAGUUCCGCGCCGAGGGCGCCGGCUACCCGGACCACCUCGUCUACGACCGCGUCUGCCACUUUCCCUUCCCGGACCACCACCCGCCGCCGUUUGCCCUGAUGCCGCGCAUCCUCGCCAGCAUGCGGCGCUGGCUUCACGGCGGCGCCCUCGACGAAAACCCCGACGACUCAGUCGCCACGACGUCACAAGACCGCGACCCGAACCGCGUCGUGGUCGUACACUGCAAGGCCGGCAAGGGCCGCAGCGGCACGGCGAGCGUCAGCUAUCUCGUCGCCGAGGAGGGGUGGACGGCCGAGGAGGCGCUGGCGCGGUUCACGGAGCGCCGCAUGCGGCCGCGCUUCGGUGCCGGCGUGUCCAUACCCUCGCAGCUGCGGUGGGUGCGGUACGUGGAGCGCUGGAGCGGCCGGGAGGGCGGCCGGCGCUACGUGGACAGGCCGGUCGAGGUGCUCGAGGUGCACGCGUGGGGAUUGCGCGACGGCGUCAAGGUCGAGGUCGAAGGCUUCGCGGACGGCGGGCGCAGGAUCCACACGUUUCACACGUUCCGCAGGGAGGAGCGGCACGUCGUCCGGGGCGACGCGCCGACGGACGGCGGCUUCUCGGACAUCGUCUGGGAGAUGGCGGGCUACCCGACGGGCACCAAGGCGCCGGCAGAGGCCGACUUUGCGGACGCCACGAACAACGACAAGGACGGUGCGACAAGUAGCGGAGCGCCGCCGGAGGAGGAUGGCGUCGCGCCGCGCCCGGCUGGCUCCCGCCCGGCCGAGCUCAUCAUCCCCGAGCAGGAGCAGAAUCCUAUCUCCUCCGCCUCCCGCUCCUCCACCGCGACGAGUAAAAAGGAGUCGACGGAGGCUGCCGAGCCUGGCGGCAUGGCUGUCAUCUUCCGCCCCGCGACGCCGAUCCGCGUCCCCAACAGCGACGUCAACAUCGCCGUCGAGCGGCGCAACCGCACGCACAAGAGCAUCGGGCUGACCGUCGUCUCCGCCGUCGCGCACGUCUGGUUCAACGCGUUCUUUGAAGACGGCGACUCUGCCGGCGGGGGCGUCUUCACUAUCGACUGGGACGCGAUGGACGGGAUCAAGGGCACGGGCCGCAAGGGCAGCCGCGCUCUGGACAAGCUGUCGGUCGUCUGGCGCUUCGCGGACGAGGACAAGGGCGCCGAGGCGGUGGCCGGAGAUGCCGCUGCCGCUGCCGCUGCCGACGAGGUGACGGAAAGGGACAUUGGCGUCAGGGUGCAGAGCCCGGCGAGCGCGGACAUUAGCAGGGCGAGCAGCGUGAGGACCGCGGAGAUGCCGCCGCGGCUGCCGCUGGCGGCGACGGCGGGGAAGGGAGAGGGCGGCGGUGACGCAAAAGAGGACGCGGAGGCGCUGGAGAGUGUCAAGACGAGCGACCCGUCGGGUGCGGAGCUACAGCCGGGAGAAACAAAUGCCAUGAGAUGA